AAGUGAGUUAUUUUGAUCAUUAGAUCACAUUUCACUGUUUUUGAUUGGAUUUGAUUUUUAUUUUUCAUUUUUGGGUUGAAAGUAUUUAUCUAUGCUCCUUUGCUGACUCUGGAUGGAGGAUGGCGACGAAACCACCAACCCCUGCAGAGACCAAGGCUAAAUCCACAAUCCAGACAAAGCAGCAGACUAAAGCCCUGGAGAAAAGCUCUUCAUCCAGCUCGGCACCAUGGAAUAAACCCACCCUCAGUGAAUUGAAGAGUAAUGCCAGCUCAUCAAUACCAUUGGAUAAACCCUCCUUCAGUGAAAUCCAGGGUUUGGAGGAAUCGUCACACACUUUUCCACUUAAGACCGGUCCCUCUACAACAAAGCCUGGUCUAAAGCCAAUGCAGACUCUGACAGAGUGCCUACAGCUUCUUCAGCAACUGGCAGAGGAGGUCAACAACAUCAGCCAGUGUGGCAGUAAGAAGACUGAACCAGAGGAGGGCACCAAAGAGCCAGGCAGCCUGGAGACCAGCAGGACACUGAUCCUCCGAUGGGCCAAGGAGCUGGAACAAAACAUGGUGAAGAAGGAAACCAAGUCGGCAGAUAAGAAGACAAGAAGAAGAGAUGAUCCAGGAAAGAAAGAGGAAACAGAGGUGGAAAAACACAAUGACAGGCUUCAGCAGUGGGCAAAGGAGUUGAAGAAUAUCACAGAGGCUAACGGCGUGUCUGAUGAGGAACUGAAGAAGCUGCUGUAUCCCAGAGGAGCAAAGGAGUCGAGGAUGGCUGCCAUCCUUCCACUGCUGGAGUUUGUGGCUUGGUCUCUAUUAUCAGAGGAUACUGAGGAGGCUGUAUCGAUGCGGUGGCUGCCGACCAAACAAAAGGCCUGGAAGACAGGAACUGGAAGCCCCAAAUACAUACCCAACUCAGUGUGGCAGUGGAUUCAGAGUGCUUCAGUGUCUGUCCGGUUGGACGCCAGCACCAGCCAUCCCUGGCUGUCUGUGUCCUUAGACCGCCUGCAGGUGCGGGAGGCAUCGGCGCGCCCCCCUCCUCUCUCAGACAACAGCCAGCGUUUUACUGAGUGGCCCUGCGUGCUGGGUGACACCAUCAUCACUGCAGGGAGACACUACUGGGAGGUGGAGGUGUGCCCUGAUGGUAGCUGGAGAGUAGGUGUGAUAUCAGAGUCUGCUCCCAGGAAUAAAAAGCCCACCAUGUCACCCAGAAAAGGAUACUGGGUCCUGUGGAAGGGCCCCAGUAUGUGGGCCUGCACAGACGAGCCCACUAGGCUGCAGAGGGCGGCUGUGCCCCGACUGAUCGGGGUGUAUGUGGAUGUUGGGGAGGGUCAGGUGUCUUUUUAUGAUGUUGAUCGGAGGGUUCACAUUUAUACUUUCUCUGAUACUUUCAAGCACAGUCUGAUCCCUAUGUUUGGCUGCCUGGAUGGACGCACGGUCCUUAAAAUCAAACCAGCAUAGAGGCCAGACCAAAAGAGUAGAUCAGACAUGUUGGUUGUAGAGUAAGAAUAUGGAUCACUUCAGUGCUUUAAACUAAUGAGUAACUGAGAUCUAAUGGAUUCAUUUACAUUUCUAAGACAUGUAAAUAUGAAAAAAAAAUACAGUAAAAAUAUUAAAAGAUACUUUAAAAAUGUACAAACAUAACCUCUUAAAAUGAAACAGCUAGGGAGGAAUGUGCAAAAUAUAUAUUAGGACACUUAACUACUCAACUUUUGCGAAAUGACAGGAGACCUGGGGCAGUUAGUGAACAAACAUUAUUAAUAUUUAUCAAUAUAUAUAAUGAAUGAAUUGUCUGUUUUCAACCUUUUGUCAUUUGCUGUCCUCGCUCAUCUUUGACCAGAGGUAAAUCCAGUCGCAGUAGCCCCGCAUAGGUCAGGUAUACGCAGAUUUGAGGACAUUCAGGGCAUCCUCCACUGGCACUUUUUUCAUGAACAAGUUGUAUUUUCAUGUUUUUUUAUGCAUCCUGCCAUCCAAUAUACAUUCAAAGUAGGAAAUUAAUUCCUAGUGUGAAUCAUUUCAUUGUCAUUGUGAAUAAGAAAAUGGUUGGCGGGCCACCCAGCACCCUAUCAGCUGCAUUUCACUCUUCUGGGGUAUGUACAAAGAUUCACAGUAUUUAGAAUAAAAUAAUUAAGGGUAUAUGCAAUGUACAGAGAUUUAAGCCUAAUGAUAUGCAUCUUGUGUAUUUCUUUCUGAUUUGCACUUGCCAAUGUCUGCAGUUUGUUACAUUAAAGCAAUGAUGUCAAAAA